CCCAGUGUCUUUUUCAUCUUCUUCAAAUCUACCAACCCAGAAAGCUAAAUCAAACGGCGAUGGAGCAAAACUCCAACAGAGCUGAAGCGGAGCGGCUGUUGGGAGUGGCGGAAAAGCUCUUAACCCAAGGCGAUUUCAACGGCUCAAAAGAGUUCGCUAUCCUCGCCCAAGAAACUGAGCCGCUGUUGGACGGCUCUGAUCAGAUUAUAGCCGUAGCUGACGUCCUCAUCGCUGCAGAUAAACGCAUAAACAACCACCACGAUUGGUACUCCAUCUUGCAAAUCGACCGUCGAUCCGACGAUCAGGAUCUCAUCAAGAAACAGUUCCGUAGAUUCGCGUUCCUCCUUCACCCUGACAAAAACAAGUACCCUUUUGCAGAUCGAGCUUUCAGGCUCGUCGCCGAUGCCUGGGCUGUUUUAUCUGACGCGCGGAAGAAAUCGCCGUACGAUCACGAGUUAAGUCUUUUUACGAAUAUCGAUUUGACGAAUUCUGAUUCCACGCAACCAGGCAAAUUGCCCGUGAGAAGAGGCCGGCCGCCGAAUAGUACAAAGAAAAAUAAUCCAAGAGACGAUAAUUAUAAUCAUAAUCGGCAUGAGGAGCAGCGAUCAAAAUUAUCAACUUUCUGGACAACGUGUCCGUACUGUUAUAUAUUAUACGAGUAUCCUAAGGUUUAUGAGAAUUGUUGUUUAAGGUGUCAGAAUUGUCGAAGAGGGUUUCAUGCUAUCUUAAUUCCGAAAUUGCCGCCGUUGGUUCCGGGGAAGGAGGCUUAUUAUUGUUGCUGGGGGUUCUUUCCGAUGGGGUAUUCGGCUGGGAAUCAUGGAAAUGGCGUGGCGACGCCUCCAUCUACUUCAGGGUUUCCUAAUUGGAUGCCUCCGUUGUUUCCUGGUGGUGGCAGUGGUGGUGUGGAAGUGGGGCCCAAGGAGGGUGGUGUUGGUGCUGAGGCUCAAGGUAGGAAUGGCGACAUUAAUAAUCAAGAGGCGGUGCCUAGGAAGAGAGGAAGGCCAAAGAAGAAUCCAUUUUAGCUUUAACCAGGUGGCUAGCCCGGGCUAUAUGAUGUUUAUAAGGAUCGUAAGCAUGCAAUGUUCAGCGAGCAGCUUUGGUAAAUGUGAUGAUAGGCAUAGGAGUGGAGAAUGAACGCUCAGCAGCUUAAGAUUUGUUAAAUUUCUAGGUACUGAUUGUUGUUGUUCCCUUUUUUUUUUGUCUUGCAAUUAGGUUUCUUGUAAGUAGGUGUAAACUUGAUGAUACGCAGCUAUGCCAUUUUACCCAAGUUUUUAACUAUUUAUUUCAGUGUUUCUCCUUGAAGUUUUGAUUGAA